CAUUCGUGCAGGUUGGACGUUAGUGCAAUAGUUUUUUGUUUUUAUUUUUUUCGUUUGAUCGAUUUUAUUGUGUUUUUAUUAUCGUCGCGUGUUAAUGAACUGGAUCGCGAUCAAGAUCGGCCUGGAUCUUGGUUGAUCUACAAACGUUGGUAAUCUGCAGAAUUAUCCAACCGAUCAAGUGUAAGAAUACCAUACUUAGUGAAGUGCAUUCUUUAGAAAGAUCUAAAGUUGGAAUAACUGAGAUAGUGGUCGUGAUCUUAAGUAUAAGUUCUGCGACGUUGCAUUGUGUACAUAGUACGUAAAUUGAAAACUGGGCGUUUCGAAAUCAGUAGAGGCCUGUGUUGGCAAACGACAUUUGCAUACAUUCGGUAAAACGUGUUUGGAUUUCGUUGAUUACGAGAAAUCGAACCGCGCAAACAAGUGUACAGGAUCGAUAAAAAGUUGUUCCUCUUGAUCGACCAGAAGGUGUCAAAAAAGAGAAAGACAAACGUCGUUCGUCACUCCUUCCUUGCCCGUUUUCUAUAACAACAUUUUGUUUUCGGAAAUGUUUUUGUGAAAGUUGGCGGCUUACUCUUACUAGGCAGUGAGUUGGGUAUCAAAAAAAUUGUGUGACCGGUUCGGCGAAACUCACAGAAGCAGCAACAACAACAAGUGCAUAACAACCAAGCUUCUCGUAGAACCGUUAAAGCUGGUGCAGUUUUUUUUUUGUUCAAAAGUCGACGAAGGUGGAUAAAACAAAACAAGGCACGAAUUAGCGCCAAUCAACGCCUGAAACCCUGUCGGUAAAAGAGUUCAUAGGAAAAUAGCUGCGGGUAUUCAAGCACGUGAUUUGUUACCGAAGGUCGUUAGGGUUUUGUGUGUAUCGUCUCUCCGACGCAUCUCAAGAAGUCGUUUCCGGUGUUUAGCCAGAGAUUAGAGCGUGUGGAAAGUGGAAGCAAACAGAAGGCCUGAACAAGCUGUUCUGUACAAAUAUUUCAGAGUGUGAAAACAUGUUUGAAGCCGAUUCGUCGUUUGCGAGCUACGGAAAUCUAGUUUGAAAGCUGCCCAAUUGCAACGGCCGUUUACAACUGUUUUGAAUGAAAUAUUAUCCAGCUAGCUGCUGAACCGUAAACAAAUUGUGGAUGAAGUAAUAACUCCCAAAUAUUCCCCAGAGGCGAAGAAAAGUGAAUGUUGUUUUUUUCUGUAUCCCGCUGUGUGGCUCAAUCAUCAGCUGAGUCUUACCGAGCCUAUUUCAACCGACCACAAGUGUAACCGAAGAGAAUUCCUAGCUAAUGUACCUAGUGCAUCCCAUUCAAACAUCGAUAUCGUUUUGUUGUGACUGGUUUUGGAUUCUCAAAUUCGUUCGGCAGAAGAUAUCUAUACACAAUAAUCAUUGAGCUGCUAAGCCACUUGAGGUGUUGGUAUUGUGGUCGUAUAUUUUUCUCUUGUCUGUGGAGAAAAAACCAACCCAAACAACACGACGAUAGUAAUUGCGCGGUGCUGUGUGUUAUUAUCGCGAUGAUUCACGAGGAGUUAAUUAACGUUUAGCUUUCGAAUUCGCUGUGGGUUGGAAUUUUUGGAAGUACCUUCAGUUGAAACAAAAACAACAACAACAACACGAGUGUGUAGCAAAUUGCGUCCACAAAAGUGAACACGAGCAUUGAUAACGGAUACGAGUGUAUGACAAAUGUGUCACAUGUCCUUCUGUAAUUGAUUUGAAUCACAUUUGAUGUGCAAAAGAACCCAUUGGAACAAAAUCGCGUGAUCGUGAUGUACACCAAUCAGCUGUAUUGAAAAGUUAAUUUCAUAGAUUAAUUAUCCCCGGGUAAACAACACGUAACGCCAGCCUCCAAUAUUAGAGGCCCGUGCGUCGUCGGAUGCUGGAUCUUCUUUUAUGGUAUUCUGCCUGCCGCUCGAUGCCUGCGGGAAUGAUUCCGAUAGCAGUGUUCCAAAAUUGUAAGGAUGAAAGGAAAAAUGCGAUCGACGUCGCGGUAGAAUUAUGAAGUUAUAAAUCUUAGGCCCAGUCACUGGCACCACUUGUAUAUAUGUAUGUACGUAUCGGUGAAGACAAAGUGCUAGCGGAAGCAACUUGGAAGUGAUCCACAAUCUUCGGGCGGCUUAUUAAGGAAGUGAAUGUUUCGGUCAAACAUGAACUCAACCAUGUCGGGUCGAAGUGACUAAUCAAGGAAGCGCCUAGUUGUGCUUCUCGAGUUUUUGCCUAGUCCUGCUCCACAAAGUCCGAACCCAGCCUAGGGGUGGAUCGGUCGUGUAACGCGUGUGGUGUUCUGUUUUUUUUUGUGUCGCGCUCUAAGGAAUCAAAGUCACUUCCAAACCGGUGUCGGAGACGUGCACAGGGCAAAUGUUGCAGCAUCAGCAUCAGAGAUACCAUCACGCAUCCACCUCGCAGCUUUCCUCGUCCUCCUCGAUCGGCUCGCCAAUGAAUCAACGCGACCUGGAGGCGGAACUGGAUGAGUAUCUGUCCGAGUAUAAACUGCAGGCACCGAUCGAACCGAUCAGUCACUACGAAGAUGGAGAACUGGAGGCGGAAUGGUUAAAUGCAGCUGGAUUUCCUCAGCUGACCAGGGCCUUUGAAGAGGGUCGCGAGCUCUCGACUUCAGAGCUGUCACCGGUCAUCGCAACUCUUUCGACAGCCCACGCCGAAGCCGUCAAACAGAGGGUAAAGGCGUUGAACCGAACUGUGCGAGGCAGAACUCGUAAUCGCGGCUCCAAAAAGCCAGAUAUUCGAGAUGUGUUCCGAGAUUUGGACUCUUCGAGCACGGGCACGAGAUCUCGCAGCGCCACUCCCGAUUCGUUGGACUCCCUACCGGGUGACGAUGUUUGGAACAGCUCGGGCUCCGGAGGCAACCAUCAUCACAUCCCCAGUUUCGUGUCGGUUUUCGACGGAGGCAAUGGAGCACCGGUAGCAAGACCUACACCAAUCCGUGGCAAGCAACAUCUGCGAAGGACACCGAGCGCUCCGCUGCGUGGAUCGGCGGAAUUGUUCCGUGGAUCGCACGUGCGAUGUGAUAUCCCCUUCCAUAAUGCAGAGGGCAUUGAACUGCUGAACUUCCAGAGACUUGGAACUAUCCACAUACCUAGGAUUCGAUCAGGAUCGGAUCCUUCGUGUACGAUCGGAACUCGUGGUGGUCAGCAUAUCUCCGGCACCAGAAGUCAUACGAACUUAUACAACGACAAACAGAGCAACGAUGACUCCGGCAAUUCGUCUUCGGAACAGAGUCCCCCGAACUCACCACCCCGCAGCAGUCUGCUCUGUUCGGUCGAAAACUCUCCCCUGCGCUCGUCCUACGAACCGGUCAGCUUUGAGAGUAUGAUUAAGCAGACUUCGUCACCGCAUGACGCGUCCCACAAGCUGUGGCAAUUGCAGAGCUUCCGGGAACCGUGCUGUGACAUCGACCAGGUGUCUGAGGGAGAUAUCAAACGCUUGCAGCCACUGUUAUGGCUGGAGCUGGCCUCGCUUUUCGACAAAAACCAUGUGACCCUAGACAAACGGAAACCGUUCAAACGAAAACGAAAGGAGGAAGGUAAUGUCUUUGGAGUUUCAUUGAACGCGCUCGUCAGGAGAGAUCAACAGAUUACCGGAGAAGAUACGACCCUGGUUCCGUUAGUUCUACAAUCUAUUCUAUCCGAAUUGAGGGUACGUGGUGCUAAAGAGGAAGGAAUUUUACGAGUGCCUGGCCAUAAACAAAAGACCGAGACAUUCUACAAUGAAAUCGAAAGCAAUUUCUAUUAUAAACCGGAUAAAGUUGAACCACUGUUCAAGAAAGCGGGAGUGCAUGAUCUAAGCGCGCUCUUGAAGCGUUGGCUACGCGAACUACCUCAACCUCUGUUGGCAAAUGACCUUGUGCAUUUAUUUUAUCAAACGAAUGUUCUACCUCCACACGAUCAGUACAAAGCGUUGGCCGUCCUUUGUCAGCUUUUGCCACAUGAGAAUCGGAACACUUUAAGAGAGUUGCUCUGCUUCUUCCGAUUGGUGGUGGACUUCCAAGAUACCAAUAAAAUGACCCAACAAAACGUGGCCACCAUAAUAGCGCCAUCAUUCUUCCCACCAAGGUUUAUUCAUCCGCCCGAUAAAAACGACAUCGGUGCUCAGGUGCGCAUGGCAGCGCAGUGUUGUCAAUUGACGAAUAUGCUCAUCACUCUAGCAGAUGAUCUAUGGCUUGUUCCGACACGUUUGAUAGAGCAAAGUCGUAUUACCAACAAGAACGGACAGCCUAAACGACAGCUAACGCGCAAAGUGAAACACACUUCCAGCAAUGAUGCCAACAGCUCAGGAGAUUUCGUCAUUGACACCAACCACAUUCACAGAUUAGUCAUUUGAAGGUAAUGUUUGCAUUGCAGCCGAAUCUGAAUCGGAACCGAUCUUCUGGGGGUGAAAAACUUUUUUUUUUUGUUCAAACUGUAUACACUUUAAGCUAGCUUUACCAAUAAAUCAACCAACAACCAUCACCAAUUUAACUCUUAGAGACUGUUUAAACUCUAAUGUUCUAUCUGUAAGUGGGAAAUGAUUAGUUUAAUAAACGCGGAAUGAGGGCCACCGCCAAUUUUGGCGGUGACCGGCAUGAGUCUUCCAGGGGUCCUUAGACUCACUUCCAUAACUUAGUUAGAAUAUGUUCGGUUUUUGAUAUUUUGGUGCGUGUAAAUAAAGUGAGUGUAUAAAUGUGUCAGGUUGUAUGUGUGAAUAUCCCUUAUCGUAAUAGAAUUAGCUAAUACACAACAUCCGUUGUGAUUUACUAUCGUCAGGAGAACUAGUUUACCAUAUUUAACAGAAGCGUUCCGAUAUCGUAGACUACGCGGUCACGUAAUCAACUAAGCUUAUACCACUAAAAUAGGUCAUGAAAAGAUUGAUCAGAACGAGAGGUGAAGUUGAUGUCAGACAUUGUACGGAAAAUCCCAGCAACGAUACGUUGCCAGGGCAGGUGUAAUAUGCAAACAGUAAGGUUAAGAUAAAUUUUACUGUGCGGAAAGGCAUGAAAACUGGAGCAUACGUAAAAACCAAGAUUAAAGUUGGUCGUAAAAGGAAGUCAAUGUAAUUUGUAUUUAUCACAGCAGUGUUUAUUGUAGUCACAUAACCUAAACAGAGAACAGAAUAGAAACAUAUCUAAAAGCUGUAAAUUGCUGUACAAGUGUUAGAUUGAAUGAUAAAGAAAGUGUGUAUGAA